AUGUUCCUCGAAGCAUACAAAGGUUGCAGGAUUAUGUUUCUUCAAUCUUCGAUCUUCAGUGUGCUUAAAAGACAAACAUGCUGUACCGGUACAAAUCACUUUACAACAUUAGACGAUGUAUCCUUAACUGUCGAAACCUUAGAAAACACCACUCAAACUUUAAGAAUGUACUCAAUGGCUCUGAUUGUUUCUCUCCCAAUUGGGACCCCACCACAGACUCUACCAAUGGUGUUGGACACAGGCAGCCAACUUUCAUGGACUCAAUGCCAAAGAAAGUUACCAAGAAUGUCCCCAACGACGUCGUUUGAUCCUUCUCUAUCUUCUUCCUUCUCUAACCUCCCAUGCAACAGCCCACUUUGCAUGCCACGAAAUCCCGAUUUUACCCUUCCAACUUCUUGUGUGAACAAUUUAUGCCACUAUUCAUACUUCUAUGCGGAUGGGACUUUAGCAGAGGGCAAUCUCAUCACAGAGAAAUUCAUAUUGUCACCUUCCCUAAUUACUCCUCCAUUGGUUCUUGGUUGCACCACCAGCUCCAGCGAGCCUCAAUGGUCAAUUGCUGUAAUUAAAAAUUUGUUAGAUUCAAUUGAACCUGAUAUUCUAGAUGUUUAA